UCCUGCCCCUCUGCUCUGCCCUGGGGAGACCACACCUGGAAUAUUAUGUCCAGUUGUGGCCCCUCAGUUCCAGCAGGACAGGGAACUGCUGGAGAGAGUCCAGCGCAGCCACCAAGAUGCUGAAGGGAGUGGAGCAUCUCCCGUGUGAGGAAAGGCUGAGGGAGCUGGGGCUCUGGAGCUGGACAAGAGGAGACUGAGGGGUGACUCAUUCAUGUUUACAGGUAUCUAAAGGGGGAGUGUCAGGAGGAUGGAGCCAGGCUCUUCUGGGUGACAACCAGUGACAGGACAAGGGGCAAUGGGUGCAAACUGGAACACAGGAGGUUCCACUUAAGUAUGAGAAGAAACUUGUUGGGGGUGAGGGUGGCAGAGCCUGGCCCAGGCUGCCCAGGGGGUUGUGGAGUCUCCUUCUGUGCAGACAUUCCAACCCGCCUGGACACCUUCCUGUGUAACCUCAUCUGGGUGUUCCCGCUCCAUGGGGGGAUUGCACUGGGUGAGCUUUCCAGGGCCCUUCAACCCCUGACAUUCUGGGAUGCUGUGAUUUAUCUUCCAGUCACCGGCAACAACGCGAGGGUCUACGAUAUGCCAGGGGGGAUAAGGGGACAAGAGCCAGGCUGGAGCAGUGAGGUCCGAUGUGGUCCAAACCCCAUUCCCGAGCAGCGCACCCCGCGCCCACCCCGCAGCGGGUCUGCCCUCACGGGGGCGUGGGCGCGUCCCGGGGGCCGGGGCGGGUGUCCCAUCCCGCCGAGCAGCCCCGGCCCCGGCUGGGCGGGAGCGGAGCGGAGCGGGACGCGCGGCGGCGGCGCAGCAGAGCCCGGCCCGGGGGCCGCCGGUAUUUAGGGCGGGCGCUGGCGGAGCGGGGAGAGCGGGCGGGACGGCGGGGACGGCAGGUGCUAGUGCAAAGCAAGGAGUUCACCUCUGAUCUUGUCCUCCUGGAGUCCUCACCCUUCCAUGCUGAUGUACCUGCUCGUAUUCGAGCCAGGAGCUUCGGGGCAAAGCCCGCUGUUUCCUCACUUGUAGCCACCGUGUUGCAUGUCACAGCAAAUUAUGAAUGUGAACCACUUUUGGGAUGAACUUUGGUACCACAGCAAAGAGCAGGAGCCAGCCAAGGCCAAUGAUGGGCAGCAUUGCCCUGCAGUCGUGAGAUGGUCCUGAUUUUUCCAGGAUGCUGCGAGCAGCACUGCGUGAGACCUGAAGAAGGACUUCAAGGAGAACAGCGUUUCCCCAGCAAGACAGUCCCUUCCCAGUUGUGCGCCUGGUGUAAACCCUGAGCAAGGAACUUCCUUUGCAAAACUACGUGCACAACUGCCCUCGGAAUGGUGGGGGUGACUUCGCCAGAACUGUAACUUACUCAUUGCAGGAACUGUUGUCGAUGGAGUGCUAAAUGGAUCGUUUCAGGAAGUGAUGGUUGAUCUGUGAGGUUCCUCAAGACAAAUUUGCUAUUGUUUUUCGUGUUCUCCCCAAAGUUAAGAUGGCGACAUAACAAAGGGUUUAGGCUGCACAUCACGCACGCUUCUCAGAUAUGAAAAUGAACAAAUAUCAAACACAUUGUCAAUCUGUUGUUUUUCAUGUUGCCUGUAACAUUUUCUGGUUUUGCCUUUUGACCCCAGAUCCUGAUGGUCUCAGGGCAGCGUCCUCAUCAGCCAUCACUCAGCUAUUUUUCCUGAAAUCACAGAUUGUCCUCUUUUGUUUGCAGCUGAUGGUCACUCCCUGUAUCACAGAGAGAAAUUGAGCAAGUGUGAGUAAAUGGCAGAGAAUAAGACAAUAAAAAAAAAAUCAAACUUUCUCUGUGAUGUGAACAAUGCUGGUUCCCAGCUUUCUUCGAAAUCUGGGAAUUAUAUUUCUUGAAGUAAGACUGAGAUGUUCCUUCUGUCUGUCCUGCCAGCUCCCAUUACUGACCCUGUAUGAGCACAGAGAGAGAAUUGUGGCUCUGAAAAGGUGGAGUCUGGGGGCUCUGGCGCCCCAGGGACACCCAGUGACAGUUGUUAUUCUGUGUCAUUGCUCACCGCUCUGUGCUCAAAGGCAAUCAAAAUUACCGUCAUUGUUCUGCCCACCUGGAGCACCACAACGCUGAGUUCUGAGCCUGUUCCAGAUCUGAACCGGGAUGUUGUGCAAAGCUUGAGCUGUCUUAGGUUUUUGUGAGUUUUGAAUUGUCUGAGUUUACACUGUAUUGCGUUGAAAAAAAAAAAAUCUGAAGUUUUGCAUGAUUUUAUACGGUCUAAUCCGUUUUGCUUCCUUAGUGCUGAGCUGGUUAUUGGAAAUCACAUUCCAGAGAGAUUGUUUGACCUGUUGUUAACCACUUUCUGUGAUGGAGAUGUCAAUGUCCCCAAGACUUUCUCAACCCUUACUGUCUGCAAGGUUUUCCUAAGGGCUCAGUCUUGCCGCAGUUAAAUCCUUCUCCUUUCGGUGAUAUUAGUCAUGGGGAACAGACAAUUCCUUCCUGUUCUACAGCAGAUAAAGACUGUUGAACGUCUCUGUCAGCUGUGUCCUUUCUAGCUCAGACAUCUCUGUUCAUUGAGUUUACUCCCAUAUAUUCACUUUUCUGUCCUACACUAUGCAGGGCUUUUACUGAGCUAGUUACUCCCCAUCACACAAUCAGGCAGCCACUGGUUUCUAUAUUAUUUAAAUACCUUGAUUUUGUUCUUAAGAUCGAGUUUAAUUGUCUUAAUCCUGUUCCCUAGUAUGCUGGAACCCUUCCAGUGUCAUUUUACCGCAUGAAGCACCACAUCCGCUUCAUCACCCAAAUGUACCAACCGCGGGGCCUCCUUGUUCCCAUCACGGUAGAAUUGCUGCGUUUCAUUCUGCAGAUUUUUCUCCUGCGUGGGAUGUGUGACCGGCCGGUGUUCAGAUCCCCUUAACCCAUCUAUCCUUCCUCUUUUGAGGGAACCACCACCCCACAAGUUACUACAAUCGUUCACCAUGAGCAUGAUCAAGAACAUCCCAUGCUUCAGUGCCAAUGCUUUGAAUUCUGGUACCAACCACUGACUUCAGCAUUCAAAGACUGAAUGUUGAAGAGAAAACUCAAAUGGUCCAGAGGAACAAAUGAAAACAGAGCUCUGUGCUUUUCAGAAAGAGGCCUUGAUUUACAAAUCUGGGAGAAAUUGUGUUUACAGGAGGAAUCCAGACAGUAUUGGUUUAUAUCUUGGGUGCUAAUAAAGUGUCCCUUAUAAAAAAUGUGACAUUCAGCUAUUAGAGAAGAAGGGAAAAUAGCUUUGUGCCAAGCACAGCAGCAUCAAUUACAUGGUGGAGGUUUCUUUUUCGGCCUCUUGCGCUGCAGUAUUGAUUUAUGUAGCUUUGCAGAAGGUUAGUUCAGAAAGGAGGUGUGAAUAAAAGAUAAUAAAGAAUGAUUUAGUUGUCUGCAAGAUGAAAAUGAAAACCACCUAAAUUCCCGUCACUUACAGUACUGCUCAUGGUGCCACCCAGCAGAAUCACGUCUGGUUGAUCAUGUUGACAUUUUGCUUUAACAAUGAUGUCACUGAUGUGAUGGAAAAUCUAGCUUAGGAGAGCACCUCAUCUACUGUGUCAGCUGGAGUUUUCAACAAGUUAAUAUUUCUUCAGUGUCGGACUCUGAUAUGAAAAGUCCUAUUUUAGCGAAAAAGUAAGCGUCUUUCUUCAUCAUCCCUGGGAAGUGAAAAGUGAGAGCAGAGCACAGGAUGACUCAGUAUAACCGCUCAGCAGAGCUCGCUCUCCAGAGCUCAGAAAAUAAGUCAUUAAAUUUCACCGAAGCUUUGGAUGAAAGGACGCUAUUAGGGCUGAAGAUUUCACUGUCAGUCCUCCUGUCUGUUAUAACUUUGGCAACAAUCCUUGCAAAUGUUUUCGUUGUUAUUACCAUUUUUCUCACUAGAAAGCUCCACACACCUGCAAAUUACCUCAUCGGCUCCUUGGCCGUGACCGAUCUUCUAGUGUCCGUCCUCGUGAUGCCCAUCAGCAUCGCUUACACUGUCACCCACACAUGGGCCUUCGGCCAGGUGUUGUGUGACAUCUGGUUGUCGUCAGACAUCACGUGCUGCACGGCCUCGAUCCUGCACCUCUGCGUCAUCGCGCUGGACCGAUACUGGGCCAUCACGGAUGCUCUGGAAUAUGCCAAGCGCCGAACAGCUGGCCGCGCGGCGCUCAUGAUCGCUGUGGUCUGGAUGAUCUCUGUUAGCAUUUCCGUGCCACCGUUUUUCUGGAGGCAGGUGAAGGCUCAUGAAGAAAUCGCAAAGUGCGCCGUGAACACGGAUCAAAUUUCCUACACGAUUUAUUCCACUUGUGGAGCUUUCUACAUCCCCAGCGUGCUCCUCUUAAUAUUAUAUGGUAGAAUUUAUGUAGCAGCGCGAUCCAGGAUUCUGAAGCCACCCUCGCUAUAUGGGAAACGAUUUACUACCGCUCACCUGAUUACCGGCUCUGCCGGCUCUUCCCUCUGCUCAAUUAACGCCAGCCUGCACGAAGGGCAUUCCCAUCCAGGUGGAUCCCCAAUAUUUAUCAAUCAUGUUCAGAUAAAACUUGCAGAUAGUGUCCUGGAAAGGAAGAGAAUUUCUGCUGCAAGAGAAAGGAAAGCCACCAAAACUUUAGGUAUUAUUCUGGGCGCUUUCAUUUUCUGCUGGCUGCCUUUUUUUGUCAUGUCCCUGGUCCUACCCAUCUGCCAAGACGCUUGUUGGUUUCAUCCCAUCCUGUUGGACUUCUUUACGUGGUUAGGUUACUUAAACUCAUUGAUUAAUCCUGUCAUUUAUACAGCUUUUAAUGAAGAAUUUAAACAGGCUUUCCAAAAACUAAUACAUUUCAAGAAGGGUUUGCCUUGAGCUUCUCAUUGCGUUACCAACCUUGUGCAAGGAAACUUUCUGUGCUUCUAUUCCUGAGGUGCGGAGGGGAAAUUGCCAUCUCUGCCGCUACCCCGUGCUGUGCAUGUAACCAGGAACCUCUUGCCGAUAUGCUACUUUCUGUCUGGAAUUCUGUAUUGCUGCAUAUUUGCAGGACAUCGGUAUUUCUGCUGUAUAUUAAUAACUUAUGUAAGGCUGAGCAAGUUUCUGGAGAACAGGAUCUGCAUCUUCUAUGGCACGUAUCCUGUUCAUUUGACAUUGAUAAAACCUGUAAGUCUUUCAGAAGUUGUGUGAAACUGACUAUAAGCAGGGCAUGGAAAACAUAGCACGUCUGUAGAUUUUGUGGAUGUUUCACAAAUGCUGCAUUUGAAGCUAUGCUUUUGGUGAACCGUAGAAAGAAUAUGAGUUAUUUGAAGUAAUUUUUACACAUUUUAUCAUAGCUGGUGCAGAAACACUACAAAAUAAAUAGCAUGAAAAUUA